AUGGACGCGCACGAGGCGGACAGAUGCUGCGACGUCGCCGAAAACGCGCUGGAAACCGCGAGAUCGCGACACGAUCUCGACAAGGCUGAGAGAUUCGCCGACAAAGCCUUGAGGAUCGAUCCAAAGUGCGCGCGCGCUCGGAAGAUUAAAUCGCGAUGUGCGUCGCGGUCGAAGCGCGGGUUCGACGCGGGGACGUCGAGCGAGCGCACGGAGACGAGGACGGAGACAACGACCGGGAGGACGUCGAAGGAGGCGGAGGCGCAGACGCGCGGCGGCGCGGCGGCGAGCGGAAAAGGAACGCCCGAGCAGGAGCGGUUGAUCGCCGGGAUCAAGCGCGCCGGGAACGAUUAUUACAAGGUGUUAGGGUUGGAAAAAGGGUCCGGAGAGGUCGAGGUGAAGAAGGCGUACAAAAAGAUGGCGCUGAAGUUGCACCCGGAUAAAUGUCGAGCGGCGGGGGCGGAGGACGCGUUCAAGCUGGUGAACAAGGCGUUCGCGUGCCUGAGCGAUCCGCAAAAACGCGCGGCGUUCGAUCGAUACGGGAGCGAUGAACCGAGUGCGGGUGGUUUUGGUGGAGCGGGAGUGCGCAGACGACCGGGCGGGGCGCAGGGGUUCGAUUUCGACGCCGACAUCGACCCGGCGGAAAUCUUCAACAUGUUCUUCAACGGCGGCAUGGGCGGGUUCGGCGGACCCGGGUUCAGAGUGCACACGUUCGGUGGGAAUCCGUUCGGGGCGCAGCAUCGUCAUCAUCAGCAUCGACGACAACAUCCGGGUGCCGCCGGUGGAGGACCGGGCGUGCGUGUGGACGACGGCGCGACGAUCAUUCGCAACAUCUUGCACCUGCUCCCUCUCCUUCUCCCGCUCCUCAUGUGGUUACUCACGCCGGCGGAGGAUGAUUUCUCGAUGAUUCGAUCGAGCGAUUUUCCGCAUCUCGUGAAGAGUGAACGGAUGAACAUUCCGUUUUACGUUAAUAAGCAAAAGUUCGAGCAGAAGUAUCCAGUGGGUGAUCAGCGAAAGUCCGUGCACAGGCGCAUUGAGAACGACAUUAUCAUGAGACAUCGUCGGCAGUGCGACUACGAACGUCAGAGCUGGACGAGCAAGCGCCCGAGCUGCGAGUACCUUCGAACGUUACAGGCGGAGUACCCGUCCUACAACGUGUACUCAGCCUGGUAG